GGUAUAUACAUCUCCAAGAUGGCGGAACGUUUUAUAGUGAAUUGAAUCUUUAAAAUGUAUUUACCUCAAAAACUGUCAUUUGUAACGUUAAAAGUGGACUAUUGGUUAAUUUCCAAACAUGAAGCACUUCUGUAGCUAGUACGAUAUAUGUGAUGGCGGACGAAGAGGCACAUCAAGAAACACGAUGUGAUAUCCUAGAUGUUGUGCAGUCUAUGAUUGACAUUUCUGCAGAUCGUUUGGAAGGGCUGAGAACACAAUGUGCAACAAGCGCAGAGCUCACACAACAGGAAAUAAGAACCCUAGAGGGAAAGUUAAUAAAACUUUUUGCCCGCCAACUGAUGACAAAGGCAAAACUGCAAGAUGAUAUUCUGCCUUCAGAAAGGAAACAUGUUCCAUCAUUAGAGCAGUGGCUUCAAGUAGUCGGGCUUAGUGCGGAAUCUAUUCAGGGUGUAUGUCAGAGAGUAGGAACACUGGAAGCAUUACAAGAGAGGUCUGAGCAUGAACUCCGUAAUAUCCUUAGUGAAAGAAAUGCAAGGGAAGAAGAGGUGCGCCGCCUCAACCGAGCCCUGCACAAUCUUAAGAAGUACACAGAAAUUCUUUUGCGUGAUGAGACACCCAGUGAGGCAGGUGAGCUUGCUCUGUAUUGGGAUUCAUGGGAUCAUCACCAAGUAAUGAAGAAUGCUGGUAGCACUUCACCGCGACCUCCUCGAAACCGAGCUGAACGCUCCUCAGUUCCGUCAGAGGACUGUCUCCCUUACAACAAUAAUAACUACAACAACUGUAACAACUUAGGUGGUUCCAUCUCUACUCUUGCAGCGGCUUCAUCCACAUCUUCCAUUAUUUCUUUACCCCAUUCUAGCACACCAACACAUCAAGGUCAUGCCCCACUUUCACCUCCUAUACACCCGUGUACACCACCUUCAACACCACCUGUUGGCAAAGGAAAAGGUGGAGAUAGGGGGAAGUUCCCAACAACUCCACCUCCUUGCAAGAAGCAUCUGACAGGGCUACAGCAACCAGCUGAUGUGUAUCCACUUACUAAGUCAAAAUCACAUGAAUCACAAUUAGGCAAUCGUGUGGAAGGGGCUGAUAACCUUUCUAAUGUGGAACAUAUACCACGUCGUGGCCGUCUUCCUACUGAACCUGGUCCAUAUUGCAGUGAAAUUGGUCAUACAUCACCUUUGAUAUCAAGUCCUAUGAAAUCUCCUCCAUACAAUUCUGUGGGCAUAGAUAGCAGCGAUGACAACAGUUGUAAAUCUACCUUGCAAGUUCCGAAAUCUCCACGUACUCCGACGGUAACUCGUCCAAUGUGCCAUGCUAUAAACCAUCGAUUUACAAAAACAUUUAAGAUGAUAGCCACUUGUGAUUUUUGUGAUAAACAGAUGUUUAUUGGUACAGGUUUGAAGUGCAAGGAAUGUAAAUAUAAGUGCCAUCGUGAUUGUGAAUCAAAAGUUCCACCAUCAUGUGGACUUCCAAGAGAGCUAGUUGAUGAGUUUCGUAGAACACUGCAGCCAGAUGUGUUUUUACCAAACCAGUCUCCAAGUAUGAGUAGGUCCUCUCCAAGUCAUCAUACAUCUAACUUACUUGCUAAUAUUCGGAAGAAUCCAAAGCGACAACAUCCUCAACCUUCCAUCAACAUACCACCCUUCCCACAGGGCCCAGAUUCCAGUUCCAACACUUCCAGCUGCAACAGCUCAACUCCCUCAAGCCCAGCUCUUGUCAUGACUACCCAUACACCUCAUUCUACUACAAAACAGCAGUUCCAUUUUCCAGAUGUGAGCCAUAAACAAGAUGGAGUUACUCUAGAGACCCAUCCAUUAGUGGCAUCUCCUGCCCUUGAGGAAGUGAUUGAAACUCACAAGUCAAAUGAUAGUGAUAGGACAGUUUCUGCCUCAGGCUCAGGGAGCAUUAGUACAGAUUCUGAACAGACUCCUGUUCGAGUGGAUUCCCAAGAUAGUCAGGUAUCUGAUGGGGAAGCUGUGGAUAGGACUUGGCCAAGACAAAACAGUCUGUCCAUGAGAGAGUGGGAUAUACCAUUUGAUGAACUGAAAAUUGGAGAGCCCAUUGGAACUGGUAGAUUUGGUACAGUAUACAGAGGAAAUUGGCAUGGGGAUGUUGCGAUCAGAGUUCUCAACAUGGAUUAUCUGGAUGAUGAAAAGACACUUGAAGCUUUUAAGCUAGAGGUUGCAACAUUUCGUAAAACUCGCCAUGAGAAUUUGGUGCUGUUUAUGGGUGCGUGCAUGAAACUUCCAAGACUUGCUAUUGUCACCAGCAUGUGCAAAGGCAUGACACUUUAUACUCAUAUCCACACAUGUAAAGACAAGUUCAACAUGAAUAAAACCACAAUGGUUGCACAACAGAUUUCUCAGGGAAUGGGUUACCUCCAUGCAAGAGGUAUUGUCCACAAGGACUUGAAGAGCAAGAAUAUAUUUCUAGAAAAUGGGAAAGUUAUCAUCACUGACUUUGGGCUCUUCAGUGUUACAAAACUCUGUUUUGGGAACAGGAAAGGAAAUACCCUGAGCAUCCCUCCUGGCUGGCUUUGCUACCUUUCACCAGAAAUCAUUCGAAGCCUCCGAGUCCGACGGAAACAUGAUGAAGAGGAAUUACCUUUCACAAAGGCUUCUGAUGUAUAUGCUUUUGGAACUGUGUGGUAUGAAUUACUUUGUGGGGAAUGGCCAUUCAAGGCCCAGCCUCCAGAAGCCAUUAUCUGGCAAGUUGGUAAGGGAAUGAAGCAGUCACUGGCAAAUCUUCAAGCAUCUAGAGAUGUCAAGGAUAUCUUGACGCUGUGUUGGUCAUAUCGGCCAAGUGAACGUCCUGACUUUGCCUGUCUUCUGAAGACACUGGAGAAGUUGCCAAAGAAGCGUCUGGCUCGCAGUCCAUCACACCCCAUACACCUCUCACGUUCUGCAGAGUCUGUCUUUUAAUAUAAAUAAUAAUAUAAUAAAGAGAAAAUACAUGAAGUGAUUGGGAGAUUAUUCAUGCCAGUAAUGCCUUUCCUAGGGCAAACUCUUACAUUAACAUGUGUUUAAUGUAAAUUGUUCCAAAUUUGGAAAAUUAUGAAGUAUAGCCACAUGGCUAGAAUUAUAAGUGUAUAGAGGAAAGUAGUCUUUCAAUGUUUCUGGUUCUUCUAUCUACCAUAUAAAUAGUAUAAUUAUUCAAGUUGUGAUAUUCCAACAGGUUGAUUACCCAGAUAUUUUUAAGUGAAGUUAAGAGUAUGCAAAUAUUGCAAUGAAUUUGGUCUUCAGCUUCCAAUUACUGCAUGUAAAUUAACCUUUUAACUCAAAACUUCUUUGGAUAAAGCAUCAUUUUAAAAACAAGGUAAUAAUGGGUAAUUCAGUCUUUGCACUUGCAGUAAUUUAUAAGCCAAGAUCCCCAGUAGCUGCUUGCUGUAUUCAGAAAAAAAUAAGAUGUAAGCAGUUUUAAAUAACAAUGUUUCUUUAUUUUGUCCAUGGUUUCAUGCCUUUUGGGGGAGGCAGGCUAGGCUAACUGAAAAUGGAUAGUUAAACAUUGCAAGAACCGUCUUAAACUUCCCUUUCUUGUGUAGCAAACAAUAAUUUUACUCUUCUACUGCCAAGUCUAUUGCUGCCGGCCAUGCAAGCAUGCCAGGCUGUUAUAAAACUGAGUAUAAUGAGAUAUCAGUUUUCAGCAUAAGAAGCAGAAAUCAGAUAUUUUGCACAAUAGUACCACCUCUUAACCAUAUAAGCUUGUAUGCACUAUACAAAAUAGAAACUCUGCUUUUAGUCAUUGGACAGAUUGGAUUGUGCAUAACCUACUUGGUCAGUUCACUGGCAGGAAAAGUGUUAAAAUUAUAAUACAUCAUAUUCUUAUAUGGUUAUAAGUAUAAUGAAUACCCAGUUGCAAUGUCAGAACAUACAGUAUUACGAUUGAAAAUUAUAACUUUGGCAGUCCCCCCCCAUUGCUAGGAUGUCUUACAUCUUAUCUUAUAUUUUGUGAUGCUCUCGCCUAUCACAUUUUGUCACUUCAUUUGAUUCAUUGCAGUCAGAUUCACUUGUACAGAUUACAAUACUGGUAUCUCAUCCUAUGGCCUAUUAUACAGCAAGAGUGAGAAUCACUUUGUAUGCAUGUUGCUUUCUGCCUCAGACCAACAGAAACAUUCAUAAACAAUACUGCAAUGCGAAAUGGAAAUUGUUUGAAACCUGAAGUGCCAUACAUUAUUAUCAUUCUUGUUAAUUAAUGUUAUAAUUGUAUUAUGUAAAUAGUGAGAUUUCAUUCUAGAUUGUCUGUCUGCAAAUAGUUGUUGCAUCAGGUGUUUCUGCUUCAGAAUCACAUAUUUGCAUGUUACAGUACUGUUAUAGUAGCCUGUGAUAACAGCUAACAGUUAUUGUGGAGUAAACACUAUCUCUUAUCUGUAUAGAUGAUUUCUUCUUAAUCUAUGAUGAGUAUGCCAGAUUGUUAAUACACUAAUGGCAGAAAAUAUUUCAAGUACUGGAUGCUUGAAACCCAUGAAAGUUGAAUGUGAUGCCACAUUGUUACUAUCUGUCUAGAUUGCAAGCAAUCUUCUUUUUCUUGGUGGCUGUAGAAUGCAUGAGUUUUUUUUUUCAACAUUCCAAAGAUGUACAUACAGAUACAUGAUGUGUGAAGACUGGGAAGAAUGUCUUGUAAAUGUCUGUCUAGUUUAAGAUAAAUUUUGCAAGUCAUUAUGUUCACAUAAUGUGCCCUCUGUACCCCAUAUAUUGAUUUGUCUCCUCUGCCCUCUCUUCUGCCAUGUACUUUUCUUUCAGUUACUUGCCAGUUUGGCUUUGUGUACAUUUUGCUGUAUGUAUAGUGUAAAAUUUUGCAUUCAAAAUGUGUGAUUUUUAUCUGCAGUUUGAAAGUUGUUCCAUUUAAUAAUUUAUUUUCCUCUUGAACAUCAGUACCAUCACUCAUUCAUGUUAUGCAUAUUCAUUUGUCUGUGAUUAUUUUGUGCCCCUUUUUUACAUUUAAUUUUUAGCACAGUGAUCUGUAAUUUUGUUAUUUCAGUAUAUUAGACAUUAUUUAUUAUCUUGUAAAUAAUCAGACCUUGUUGCAAAUAAUACAAGAAAGUUAAUUACAUAUAUGAAAUAAGCAUUGUAAACAUUUUUUCAGCACUGUGAUAAUUUUAUUGCUGUAUUAAAACCUUUAGUGUCCUAUCAACUUACAGUCCAAGUGAAAAGUUGACCAUGAGACAUCAUAAUGUUACUAAAAAGAUGUAACAGCAGACAGGUAAUUGAAAUGUUUCCCAGGCACUGUCUAGAAUUGAGGUAUGCAUGUCACAUUUUGUUGAGUAUUUUUUGUCAGAAGAAACCGCUGAAUUGAUUUUUGAUGAUGAAUUAAGGUGCUGAUAAAAGUUAUGAAAUUGA